UGCACUGGUUUACAACUAGUAUGUGUUUGGGAGACGGAUACUACAGCUCCUUUGCAAGGACCUUCACUUAAACCUUUUUAUAAAGGGUAGACAAACAUUUACAGAGACCUAAUUCAUCACCUUUGAACAGGAGCCAUCGCUGGCACAACAGAGCCCAGUAGACCGGAGGAGAGGGAGGGAUCUGAAGAAGGGCGCCCAGACCAACAGUCUACAACCCUGGCUGGCAGCAUGGGUGAAGAAGGGCCUCCCAGCCUGGAGUAUAUCAAGGCAAAGGACCUGUUCCCCCAGAAGGAGCUGGUGAAGGAGGACGAAAGCCUUCAGGUGCCAUUUGCUGUUCUUCAGGGGGAAGGGGUGGAAUACCUUGGCUAUGCUGAUGGAGCCGUCAUUGCGAUUUCAAACUACCGGCUCCACAUCAAGUUCAAGGACUCUGUCAUCAACACCUACCCAGGUGUGGAAAGUGAGAUAUCUGUGCCUCUCAAGCUCAUAGAGAGCGUGGAGAGCAGGGAUAUGUUCCAGCUGCACAUCAUCUGCAAAGACUCCAAAGUUGUCCGAUGCCACUUUGCAACGUUCAAGCAAUGCCAGGAGUGGGUCAAGCGCCUGAACCGGGCCGUAGCUCACCCGUCCCGCCUGGAGAACCUGUUCGCGCUGGCCUACCACGCGUGGUGUCUGGGAGGCAACGUUGAUGACGAGGACCAGCACAUUCAUCUCUGCCGCCCAGGUGAUCACGUGCGUCAGAGAAUGGAAAUGGAGGUCAAGAGGAUGGGCUUCGACACACAGAACGUCUGGAGAGUGUCAGACUUAAACUGCAAUUUCAAGCUGUGCUCCAGCUACCCACAGAAGCUCCUGGUUCCAAUCUGGAUCACAGACAAGGAGCUGGAGAGCGUGGCUUCUUUCAGAUCCUGGAAGAGGAUCCCUGUGGUAGUCUAUAGGCACCAGAAGAACGGGGCAGUAAUCUCCCGCUGCAGCCAGCCUGAAAUCAGCUGGUGGGGCUGGAGAAAUACUGAUGAUGAGUACUUGGUGACCUCCAUCGCCAAGGCAUGUCAGAUGGACACCGGAGGCAGGGGUACCUGUGGAGCACUAGCCUGCCGACAGCGCGGGGAAGCUCACGACUCCUCCGAUAGUGAUUUCGACUCCUCUCUGACAGGUGGCUCCGGCUGCGAUGAAAGAACUGUGCCACAGAAGCUGCUGAUUCUGGAUGCUCGCUCGUAUACCGCUGCAGUGGCCAACCGAGCCAAGGGCGGAGGCUGCGAAUGUGAAGAGUACUAUCCCAACUGCGAGGUGAUGUUCAUGGGAAUGGCCAACAUUCACGCUAUCAGGAACAGCUUCCAGGCUCUGAGGACCGUCUGCAGUCAGAUCCCGGAUCCAGGGAACUGGCUUUCGGCACUUGAGAGCACCCGUUGGCUGCAGCACCUGUCCGUCAUGCUGAAGGCGGCCACUCUGGUGUGUUCUGCAGUGGAGCGGGACGGCCGUCCUGUACUGGUGCAUUGUUCCGACGGGUGGGACCGUACACCCCAGAUUGUAGCCCUCUCAAAGAUCCUGCUUGACCCCUACUACAGGACAUUAGAGGGCUUCCAGGUGCUCGUGGAGACAGAGUGGUUAGAUUAUGGUCAUAAGUUUGGGGACCGCUGUGGCCACCAGGAGAACGCUGACGAUGUCAGUGAGCAGUGCCCCGUCUUCCUGCAGUGGCUGGACUGUAUUCACCAGCUGCUGAAACAGUUCCCCUGCCUCUUCGAGUUCAACGAGGCCUUCCUGGUCAAGUUGGUGCAGCACACAUACUCGUGUCUUUACGGGACCUUCCUGUGUAACAAUGCUCGCGAGAGGGAGAUGAGGAACAUCUACAAACGCACCUGCUCUGUGUGGUCCCUGCUUCGCAACGGAAACAAGAACUUCCAAAACUUCCUCUACAUCCCCAGUCAUGAUAUGGUUCUGCAGCCAGUGUGCCACACACGAGCAUUACAGCUGUGGACAGCUGUGUACCUGCCCACCUCGUCCCCCUGUACCGCUGUGGACGAUUCCAUGGAGCUCUACUUCCCCCAGAGUGUCACCGGAGAGGAACUCGCCUACCGCUCCCUGGACAGACUUCCCAAGACCCGCUCCAUGGACAACUUGCUGUCAGCUUUUGAGAACGGGGUGGCUCUGACACGCACCUCCAGCGAUCCAAAUCUCAAUAAGCACUGCCAGGAGGGCCGCUCGGCCCCCCCAACAGUUGAAGAAACCUCUGCCGACCUGUCUGAUGAGGUCAAUCCUGACACCGGCCUGGACAGAAAUAAGGGGGAAUCUGUGCUAGAGUGUCCUGCCAAGAACCCACAAGGUGUCCUGGGUGCCGAGAGCUGUGAGGACACAAUGGAGGAGCCCUGUCUCACCACACAGCCCCUGCCCUCUAUGCCCCUCUCCCCGGUCCUUCUCAGUAAGGAUGUUGCACUUGUUCACACUCCCUCCCCAACUCCUGUCCUUCAACAGGCUUGGCCUCAGAUAACCAACCCUCCACCCCACCCGCUGGAGGCCGAGAGCACACGUAGGACUGGCGAAAGCACCGCCUCACCCACCCAUAGAUCAGAGCCCUGCUUACCGCUCCCCUGCAAGGGCACCGAGCCCGCAGCCCCCACCUUACUGCUGAGUGGUCACCCUGAGGGGCAAGCAGACGGUUCCCCAGCAUCCGCACACCUGCUGGAUCUGAACCCGCAAAUGGCCCUCCUGCCCAUGGAGGACUCCACAGAGACUCUCACAGGUGAGGGAGACCCCCCCUCCACCCCGCCUCCCACAGUAAGCCAGGACCUCACAGAGAGUCAUCUGUACAAUGAAGAGCCGCCUGAGUCCCAGCCACAGAUGCAACCCCACAAGGAGAAAGAGGACACCGGGCCAGAUGGGGUCAAAGGAAAAGAGCCUGAGUUAACCGUUGCAGUAGCUCCCUUUGACAGCAGCCAGGCGGCCCCCCGUCACCUGAUGUCCCACAGCCACUUCACCGACCUGUCCUUGCUGGGCUCCCACUGGGAGAGCGUCCAGGGACUGGUGCAGUCCGCCUGCAGCACUGCCAGUCACUUUGGCGUCAGCCGCGCCUGGCAGCACAACACCUACCACAGCCGGCGGCUAGCCAGCAAGCUCCUGCGCUCACAGGGCGUCACCGUGGCUAACGGCUCCCAGGUCUGCCGCAGGGAGGCCCUCUGUUACCCCAGCAGCCCGCUGCAGGCUCUGCAGUCUGCCGCCAGGAGCGCGGGCUACAGCGGCCUGUGCGCUCCGGCCGCCGCCGCCCUCAACAGCUCCUACGUGGCGGGGCAUCAGCUCCUGCCUGCGUCCUACUCCUCGCUCUUUGCUUCCAGCUCCCCGCCCCCGCCCCAGGCCCCGGCCUACCUCGAUGAUGACGGGCUUCCCGUGCCCAUGGACGCCGUGCAGCAGAGACUACGGCAGAUCGAGGCGGGCUACAAGCAGGAGGUGGAGGUGCUGAGGCAGCAGGUGCGCCAGCUGCAGAUGAGGCUGGAGAGUAAACAGGACAGCACCCCUCCCUCGGAGCCCGACAUUGACUACGAGGAUGACAUCACCUGUUUGAGAGAGUCGGACAACAGUAACGAGGAGGAUUCUUUGUCGACCCACAGUGAGGACCGCCUGUCUGAGGGCAGCUGGGAUCGAGUUGAUCGCAAAGACACAGAGGUCACAAGGUGGGUGCCUGACCACAUGGCCUCCCACUGUUUCAACUGUGACUGUGAGUUCUGGAUAGCCAAGAGACGUCAUCACUGCAGGAACUGUGGCAAUGUGUUCUGUAAAGACUGUUGUCAUCUGAAGCUGCCCAUCCCGGACCAGCAGCUGUAUGACGCCGUGUUGGUCUGCAACGGCUGCCAUGACCUGCUGCUGGAGGCUCGAACCCGUGACAUCCGGAGCCAGCAGCUCAAGAAGGCCAUCGCCACAGCCUCCAGCUGAGAGAAGUGUCGUGUAGCGUGGCCCCGCCUCGGCCCUGUCGUGCUCCUUUUGGACCGAUUAGCUGAGUCCCCUCCUCCCUCCCGUUUUAACCCCAACCGACUGUGGUUUUGGCUGCGCAGUGGGGGGUGAGCGGCGAGAAUUACUUUGGGAGGCUCUGUCUGGGAGCGGAGAUGCUCUGUGAGACUGUCUGGGGGGUGGAGAGGAGGAAAGGUGUGAGACAGAGGUGUCAGCAUGGGGGAGAAGGGGAGGGGCCCUGUAGAGAAAGACCUUUCCAGGUUGAAGCACUGAGGCGUCGAGUGGCCUCCACACACCUCCGUCCUCUAGCAGCGCCCAGUCCGAGACACGACUCCCCCCCGCCCCGUCCUCGAUUAGAGUCACGCACCUUUAUCACCAAACAUCUGCACCCUCCUUAUAGACACCGUCUCCUACUUCAGAGGACAAUCUACCAACCCACCCUUCCACGUGUCGGGGACUCCAAAGCCUUGACCCCGUACUACUGGAGGCUUUCAACUAAAAGAAAAAAAUUGCUGCUACAGUAUUUAAAAGUCUAAUUUUGUAUUCUUAUCUUGUGCACUACUAGCUGUUGUGUGUGUGUGUGUGUGUGUGUGAUGGACUCUGAGACCAAACUUGGGCAAAAGGGAGAAAUCUGCUGUUUACUUUGUCACUGCAUCGUUUUCUUAGGGCCUGAAUGUAAUAUGUAAGGAAUAACUGGAUCGAGUUUAUGUGCAUUUGGUGGCCGUAUGUGUUCAUUGCUGCAACGUGUUUUCAAAAUGAUGUAUAUGCACAGUCAACGUGGUUCUGUCUCUUAUAAAUGCUUUUCUCCGGUAUAGCCACAGCGUGGCGUGUGCGUGUGUGUGCGUGUGUGUGUGCGUGCGUGUGCGUGCGUGUGCGUGUGUGUGUGCGUGCAUGUGCGUGCGUGUGUAUGUGUGUGUGUGUGUGUGUGUGUGUGUGUGUGUGUGUGUGUGUGUGUGUGUGUGUGAACGAACGUUGGGCAGAGCAGAUUUGUGUAAUAUCUACUUGUGAUGUGGGAAUAUACAUUGUGUAUUCUAUGAUGUGACUGUUGUUUUGAGAUGUGCGAAUGAAUGAGCGUCCACAUGAAGCUUCGUGUCCAUCUGACUGAUGACUCCUUCUCAGAUCGUGAGUUGGCAGUGGUUGCUGCCCGGGGAAAGACUGAACAAAGUGCUUUGAGUUUCCUGUUCCUUUUGAGGGGAGUUUGGUCACAGUCCGCUUUUAAAAGGAUGUGUUUGUCUCCUGUUUUUUUUUCCCUGAGACAAUAGUGCCAUAUUAAGUUCUGUCCAAUUUUAAAGACUUCUUUUUUUUCCCCCCCUUCCCUGGAUGGCAGCCGGUUUCUAAUUGGCCACCUAUGUCUGUUCCUAAGGUACAGAUAGUUAGCAGCUUAAUUGAAUUGACUAAAGAUUAACAGGUGGUUCAGUUUGAUAGUGAGGAUACCCGUUGCAAUGAAUGAUGGGAUGUCACUAAGUUAGUUAACCUGUGAGGUUAUUGGAUUUCUAAUAUUUGGAAUCUUUUCACACGGUGUUCAUGAAGUCCAAAUCUUUAAGAGGAACUCAGAAAUGUAACAUACAGAUUGAUCUGAUCCUUAGUGGUGGCUAAAACUUAUCACUUACUGAAUAAUUGUUAAGAAAUGCACUGUAAAAGUCAAAUCCCAUGGGUUAAAAUAAAGAUUAUAUCGUGGA